AUGGAGCUCUCGAUCUCGCAAUCACCGCGUCUUCGUUUCUCGCCUCGUUUCUUAGCGGCUUCUCAUCAUCAUCAUCAUCAUCAUCAUUCUUCGCAUUUAGCUGGGAAGUUUAUAAGUCGCUCUACAGAUGUUGCCUUCACGAGCUUAUCAACUUCGAGAAUGCGGUCCAAAUUUGUUUCAACUAAUUAUAGAAAAAUCUCGAUCCGGGCAUGUUCUCAGGUUGGUGCAGCUGGAUCGGAUCCAGUUCUGGAUAAAAUUGCGCGUUUCCAAAAUGCUUGCUGGAGAUUUCUCAGGCCCCAUACGAUCCGUGGAACAGCUUUAGGAUCCACUGCCUUGGUGGCAAGAGCAUUGAUAGAGAACACUCAUCUCAUAAAAUGGAGCCUCUUGGCAUCAAUCAGAUCUACGACAUUGGAAUUGACAAGGCUGUUGAAUGCAAUGCAUGCCUUUGAUGCAUUCAUUACUUGCCUCUACUCUCUUGGCCUUUUCCUGGGAACCAUCUAUUCUGUUCCACCGUUUAGAAUGAAAAGAUUUCCAGUUGCAGCAUUUCUUAUUAUUGCCACGGUACGAGGUUUCCUUCUUAAUUUUGGUGUGUACCAUGCUACAAGAGCUGCUCUUGGACUUUCGUUUCAGUGGAGUGCACCUGUGGCUUUCAUCACGUCUUUUGUGACAUUGUUUGCACUGGUCAUUGCUAUUACAAAAGAUCUUCCUGAUGUUGAAGGAGAUCGCAAGUUCCAAAUAUCAACACUAGCAACAAAGCUUUGA